AUGUAUAGCCACUUUUCAGAUGAACCUCAGCCUCCGUUUGUUCCAAGGCCAUCAAGCGGUGAAAGGAACUGGCUGGGAAGUCUGAAGCCGCCGUCCGAAAAAUUUCCAAGUGAUCCGUAUAAGCCAGAGAAAAGCGAUCACUAUUCUUUCAUUGGAGCUGGCGUAGGCAUACUACUCACGGUUUUAGCUGUAACCUUCUACACUGACCUUUUCGGGAAAAAUAUCAUGAGUAAAGGUCAUGGUUCAAAAGCACAUGUCCACGAAAAGGAAGAGGACGCACCCGAGAAGGAGGAAAAAGUUGAAAAGUUAGAAGCACAUGCAACGAAGGCUGAGCCUGAAGGGGAGACUCAACCAGCUGAAAGUCACCCCGAAGCCCCAACCACUAAGGGCAAUGAAACAACGUCACCCACAACGAAUGAGGGAAAAGCCCAUGAUUGUCACAAAGAGGAGGACCCGUCACAAAAGCAUACAGAGGAGGAGCACAAAGAUGCUCACUCACAUGAAGAAAAGCACGCAGAUUCACAUGCUAGAAAGAGUUCGCCUUCAGAAGAACAUCCAUCCUCACCCGUCGAUUCAAAAGAAGAGAAGAAAACGGUCGUUGUCUCCUCAUCUGGAGAGGAGGUUCCGAAAUCAGUUGAAUAUCUGCUAAUCGGUGCCGGAGCGGCCGCAUAUUAUGCAUCGUUGGCUAUUCGGGCUCGUCACGCUGAUGCGAAAGUUCUUAUGAUUGGCGAAGAAGAUCACUUGCCAUACAAUCGCCCUCCUCUGUCGAAAGAAUUAUGGUGGUAUGGUGAUGAGAACGCGGCGAGUAACCUGCAAUACGAAGGACUCAGCGGGAAGAAGCGCGACAUUUACUUCGAAGCUGAAGGUUUCUUUGUGCCACCGGCGGAGCUUCCAUCAACUAUUCACGGAGGUGUAUCGCUGCUGAAAGGACAUCGAGUUAAAAGCUUGAAUCCUGAGGAGAAGAAAGCUUACCUCGAUGACGGUACUUGCAUAUUGUACGAUAAGUGCCUGAUUGCCACAGGGGGAAAGCCGAAGACCUUAGCCGAACUGGAAAAUGCUAGUGGGGACGUGAAGAAAAGAGUCCUUUAUUUGCGAGGGAUAGACGAUUACCGUGUACUUGAUUCCCUAUGUAAAUCCGCAAAAUCUAUUGUCAUCGUCGGCGGCGGUUUUAUCGGUUCAGAGUCAUUGCUGAACAUGGGAACCUUCAGUGGAGUCCUUCCGGAAUUCUUGUCGAAAAAGGCUACGGAAUCACUUCGUGGAUUUGGAGUUGACGUCAUAACUAAUGCCAAAAUUACCGCUGCACGAAAGCAAGGCGAGCAGCUGGAAGUGCAGGUGAACGGAUCGAAGCCUAUCUCAUCCGAUUACAUCAUUGUCUGCAUAGGAAUCCAGCCUGAUACCGCAGUAGCUGAGGCUUCUGGGCUUGAGCGGCUGGGUGGCGUGACCACGGAUGCAGAGUUACACGUUCGAUCAGGCAUUUGGGCUGCAGGAGACACGGCAUCGUUCUACGACAAAUCGCUGGGUCGACGAAGAAUUGAGCACUGGGAAAAUGCCCAGGUGAGUGGGCGAUUGGCAGGAGAAAACAUGACAGGUGCUGGCAAAGCCUUUUGGUAUCAACCUGCGUUCUUUUCUAAAAUUGCUCCUCAUUGGCAUAUCAACGCCGUCGGUAUCACAGAUUCAUCGCUACCAACGGUUUCUGUGUUCGCAAAAGAUGACAACGCCAACGAGAGCUUUGAACGUGGUGUCGUAUUCUAUAAAGGAGAUGACGGAAAGGUUGUUGGUGUGCUUUUACUCAAUGUGUAUGGCUCCGGUGUCGAUGUUUCGCGGCGGUUAAUCGAAGAAGCGAGAAGCGUAGACGAUUUUCAACAGCUUGCAAAGCUAUAUCAACUCUACAGACCUGCAGAACCUGAAGAACAAGAAGAAAAGAAGGAAGAAAAACCUGAAAAAGUCAAUUAG